AUGCGCUGUACGACCACUUGGAAUGAUACUGCUGCUUCAGAGCUAAAUCUUUCAAAACCAAUCAUGAAAGGCAAGUCAGACAUACGUGUGGAAAGACUAUUUUCUGGGAAGCAAGUCAAACACUGGACCUUGCAAAUAUCCGACAUCCCCAAUGCUGGGAAAAAUCCUGUGCUGGCCCACAACUUUUUCGAAAGUACACUAGUUCAUCAUCAUACAGCAAGCGGUGGUGUGAGGACUGAUAAUGCAAAACAAAGCGGGCACAAACCUAAUGACGAAACAAAGGGGAAUGGAAUUGAAGAGAAGAAAAUGUCGAAUAAUAACGACAAAGUCAAAUUUGACGAUGACACAAAAACAGCCGAACAAUUGCAGAAUUCUGAACACGAGAAUGAUCUUAUGGAAAUCGAUCCACCAGAGGUAACGCCGAGACUCGACAAGACCAUAGACGUAGAUUUGAAGACAGAAAUAGCAAAUGAAACGACUAAGGGCGAAUCGGAAGUUGAAACCAAAGAUUCCUUCCUAGAGUUUCUCGAAGAAUUGGGAUACGAUGUGGUGAGCCAAUAUUGGCAAAGAGGCAUCCGAUUCUUUUACGGUGAUAUUGUCAUUGACAUCUUCAAGAUCUUCGUUAGAGACGAUGAUCCGUCCCAGACCUCUAAUGAUACACGAUUACAAAUAAAGCUUCUAGAUGAGUCCAAUGCCUUCCAAAUCAAAGCUUACAUCAACUAUCCCAAAGAUUAUAGCGUGGACAUAGUGAACCAAGGCACGAAAGAAUUAGUGAAGUUGAAGGAGUUGCUUAAUAACCUCUUCGAGUUAGAGGUUCCAGAAAGGCAGUACAUGGACUCUCGAGUCAUAAGAAAUACAUAA